AUGCUUAUCAAUUACAAGCACUUAUUCAGCAAAGCAGUUCACCAGUUCAGCCCACUAAUAAAAGUUGAAAUUCAUCAUACGGAUGAUGGCAAAACUUCUCGAAUAAAAUUCCGGGCUGCUCCCAAACGAGUUCAUCCGAAUGAAAGCAAGUCUUUUGGGGAGAAGUUUGGAGAAUUGUUCAGACAAGGAGGAAAAGAAGAAUCAGAAAGUAAGAAAUUUAGAGGUCAAGCUGAAAGUAAUCAAGAUAAUAAAGUUGGAAGUGUCGAGCAAAACAAUAGCGGUUCACAAUUAAGCAACAAAGUUGGUGGAGAGGAAAGUGAUAAAAAUGUCUCAGAAAUUGGUAGCAGUAUGGAUAUUGAUCAGUUUGAGACUUCCACGAACGAAAAUUUGGGAGGUUCCUCAACAACAGACACAAGUCUUAAUUUAUUAUCUGAUUAUGAAAUUGAAAGAGCAGAAGAGAGUCAAUUAAUUGACUUAAUGAGACGGGUAAAAAAAGAGUUAGAGAUUAGGAAAGAACUCAAAAAGCAUUCAAAUAGCGAUUUUCGGACUUCUAAUUAUCAAGUAAGUACUCACGAUUUAGAAAACUGUUUAUCAAGGGUCGAGAAUUCUCUUAAAAGUUUUCAAACUUCUAAUACUACCAAUACUACCCUUAACAAUGAUAACAAAGGUUCUGAUGCUGGCGGAGUUUUAGCGGUGGUUGGUGUGGUUAGUGCUUUGGCAGUCGGUAGUUUGGUCUUGGUAAAAAGAAAACUUGAGCAAAACUACUCUUGUUCUUGUGUAAUGGGCGGUUGUAAUCAUCCUUGUGCAAGUUGUGGAAAAAAUACUUUGGCUUCUAUUCAGCCUAACGCGAAUGAUACUGGAUAUUCAUUAAUUAAGCAAAUGGUUGGUGAAGCCCAAAGAAAAGCAAGGCGAACUGGCGAAAGAGGAGAUAUUGAAGUGUCAAGAACAGUCAUUAAUUCCAACGGAGAAUAUUAUUGUCAAAUCCUAGUUUAUAACACUCAUACUAAACUUUAUCGCUCUAAUUAA